AUGUGUAUGUGAGAGAGAGAGAGAGAGAGAGAGAGAGAGAGAGACUCACACACCACCACCAUUAGACACCUGUCAGUGCAGGUGGAGAGAGUGACUGCUGGAUAUUUGAGCCUGGAGGUUUCACAGGAGGGCUCGUCUUCAACUCUUUGGAUAGGUUUAUUUUUUUAACUAUCAAGACUUUGUACAUUUGUGUUUUAUUUAAUAUUUGUGUUUUGGACAUAACUGAACUUUAAUCUGAAGAUUGCCACCAGUGGAUAUAGUCAAUGGUUACUGAAACCCAACAUUCAGGUAUUUUUUGAGGAGUGAAAACUGUUGGAGGAGGAGAAUUUUCAUCACAGACUGAAUCCCACCCUUAAGGAGUUUGUUGUUGGUGCAGGUGUUUCUGAGACAACCAUCUUCAGAUAAGCUGCGUGAUCAUGGCAGACUUCCCGUCCAAGGUUACCACGGAAACCAGCUCCCCAAACUCCCAGACCUCUCAGCAGGGGGGCAACAGCCUCCGAGGGCUGGCUGCUAACGUCACCACUAUGAUGGACAUGUCCUUUAUCCGAAGCAUCCCGGCCAUCCUCAUGAUGGUUGAAAUAGUUCUGGGACUGCUCCAGUGGGCAUUGAUAGCCAGCGCCCCCUACACGGCGUUGCCAGCGUAUGGCUGGGUGAUGUUUGUGGCCGUCACUGUAUGGAUCCUCACCACCAUCCUCUUCUUUAUGAUCCUAUUGGGCACCCAGCGAAAACUCACAUCCAUCCCCUGGCCCCUGGUGGUGAUGCUGUAUCACGCCGUAGCCACGGUCCUCUAUCUGACCGCCUUCCUGGCCAACGCAGUAUCUGUGUACCCCUACCGCUACAGCUAUUUCUACGGACAUAUGGGAGCUGCCGCCUUCUUCGGUGCUGUGGUGACCGUGGCGUACGGUGCCAGUGCGUUCUUCUCCUAUUUGGACUGGAAGGGAGAUGGAGGAAAUGCUGCCACCAGCACAGUGCCAACCUAGGACUCAAACCUUUGAUGCUGAUCCCGGAAAAAGACUAUUCAUGUUUUCUUUCCCACAAGAUGCUGUAGUUAUUUGGCUAGUGUACUAUCAGUUGAUAGUUGAGCAUUACUGCUGACUCUGGUAACCCAAAUCCUGACCUCUUCUUAACCCCAGUAUUAACAAUAAGAUGAAACCUAAUUCAGACAUAAGAUAUCCUGUAUUAUAUAACUUUUGAAUCAAACUCAUUAGACUUUUACCUUCACAUUCUGAAAAGAAAUUGUACAUCAGUACUGGAUUAUCCCCAUAAAAUGAACUGUAUCACCACAACACAAUAUUUCUUUGAAGGGGCUCUGGUGGAGUGAACUGAGGCCUUAAUAAUACUUUAAUAUUGUAAAAGCACAAAUUCUUGGGAAUACCAUGACGUAUUGGCAUAAUAUAGUUACUAUAACACAUCUAGAUUGUAUUGAAAAUACAAAUAAGAUGCCUCGCUAUGCACUUAAAGCAAUAGUUCGACAUUUUGGAAAAUUCCAAAGUCUUGCCCUCUUGCCAGGAGUUUGAGAGAUUGAUACCACUCUCAUGUCUGUACGAUGAAUAUGAAGUUUCAGUACUGCCAGCAGCCGGUUAGCUUAGCUUAGCUUAGCAUGAAAACUGGACAGAAGGGGAAACAGCUAGCCUGGCUCUGUCCGAAGCUGACAAAAUCCCCUCACCAGUAUCCAGUGGGCUACCUGGGUCUGAAAAGUGAAGCCAAUGCGGAAGUGCCUUAAACUUGCAUUCUUUCUAAUAGCCAGCAGGGGGCGACUCCUCUGGUUGCAAAAAGAAGUCUGAUUGUAUAGAAGUCUAUGAGAAAAUGA